AUGGCAUACGCUUUAAGGGAUGCAUUGGUGACGCCUAAAUCUAAAGGCUAUGAUAUCACUAACUAUAGUGAGUCACCGCUUGUUCUUUCAGCUGCAUUGCUGAAGCAUCCCUUAGAUAUAACUGCGGAUUUACUGCUUGAACAAUCUUUGGUGUCAACACCUCUUUUGACUUUGUUUGGUCUGGUAGUUCACAGAACGACAGGUUUACUGUUAUAUUUGGCACAAAAUAACACGUCCUUUGCCAUUCGAAACGACAAAUUUUCUUUGAUAGAUAUCUUUGAAAGAAGCCCCGUCGAUAGAUCCCAGAUUAGUUAUAUCUCCAACUACAAUCCGCAUAAAGACUCUCUUAAAGAUGAUGAUUCUUUGAGCUUUGAGCAUUUGGCUGGCGAGCUCCAGUUUAUCUCUAAAGUAUUAAGGAAAGAAAUUCCACGAGAGGUUCAAUUCCUCAAUGACUUAAGAAUUAAUGAUGGUACUGACGAAGAUAGGUUUGGAUCCAUCCAACACUUCAGAGACCCAAUUCCAUUCUUACCUAUUUAUCUCGGGAUCAAUGAAUUUUUUGGAAAACUGAUCACGCCUGUAUGUUACUCAGAUCCAGACUAUACCACGAUUUUAAAGGAGAAUCAGGACAGAUUGGUUUUCUAUCAAAAGCUCUAUAGCACUUUUGGCGAGGCUAGAAUAAUUGUAAAUGUGAAAGGACCUGAUGAUACCGUGGCAUCACCCUCAGAAUUAUACGAUUUAGUAAGGGAUUCUAAUAGUAAUUCGUCGGUCAGUAUACCUGAGAGGAUGGUCCAGAAGUGGGAAAGUAAAAUACUGUCCGGUCUUGCAAGUAGUGGGUCCUCAGAUUCGUCUAUCCAUGAUGCUGAUUCUAUGAAAGAUGGUGAAUAUGAAGUUGAUGAAGUAGUACAGCUACCUCGAGUAGAUUCAGAAACCCCGGCACAAACACCUGAAGUUCAGCAAAGGACACAAGCUCCUGAACUAGCGCCAACGCAGAAGCAAGUUGUAGAAACUCAAGUCUCAGUGAAUUCAAAUGGGAAAAAAAUAGACGAUUCUGAUCAGGAGGCGGGUUCUGCAAGCCGGAUUGCAACCCAAAGAGUACCUGAAGUAAACGUGGACUCACAAAAUCCUAACAACAAAGCUUUUGAUGAAUCACCUAAUGAAAGUGAUUCGCAGGAGGAGGUGGACACUUUUCAAUUUUUUGGACCCAACCCAGUUUCAGAGUCUAAUCUGACCAACGAAAACGAAGAUUCGAAUGUAGAUUCAAACGAUGACUCAAAUGAAGGUGCUGACGACGAGCAAAAGGUAAGGGUCAAAGAGGAACCUAAUCAGAAACCAUCACAGUCGGGCUCCGAUAGUCUGCCCACUGUUAAUAUUUCCCUGAGCCAAUUAUAUGGAGCAUCAGAGAACCUACAACAGUUGCCUGUUACUGUAGGAUGGGAACCUGAUCUUAUUCAAGUGGAUUCCUCUUCUGAUUCUGAAUCGUUCGAGUCAAUCGAAGGUACUUCCAGCAACAGCAAUAACUCCAAAGGACUUGAAAAAGUUCCAUCAAUUGCGGCGAAUGGCAAAGCUACGUCCACUUCCAGCCCCAAGGCGCAAGAGGCUAGCAGUUCUUCACCCAAGAGCCAAUCAAAAACAAAACCUUCUCGAUUGAAAGCUUUGCUAGGCCAUGUAUUUCCUAGUCUAAAAACUUCAGAGGAUCAGCUUGAAUCUACCCAGGUGGCCCAAGAAAGUACAGCUGCAACCAAUGGUGAGGGUAACAAACCGCCUCUAGAUCAAAAUGAAGUUGUUUUGACUCCAGAGACUGAUUAUAUCGAAUCUCUGAGUUCCAAAAACGAUAACUCGGCUGGAAACGUUUCAUCUGGAUCUAAACCAAAAGACAAUUCUUUUCUGGAUUCUUCGACUCAAAAUGCAGAUUUGCAGCCUUAUCCAAGUACUGAGCCAAUAAUAGUGUCAUCAGACAGAAAUGAUUCUGUCCACAGUUCUGCAACAGCUAACGAACAUCAAACAAUAUCACAUUCUCAUAUUCAUUUGCAAACUCAAACAGACUCACUUGUAAUUAUCGAAAGAUCACAGCCAUUUAAAUAUAAUGAAGAAUCCCUUCAACGAAAGAAAAGGGCUCACCAGCUACUAGAUGCGGGAUGGCAGCGGGCCAGCAAGAAGAAAUUAUAG